ACUUCAUCUCUGCUCUGAGCGUGGUUAUUUAUUUUCUUAUAUUUUUCAAUAAUACCACAAAUAUUUUCCACACAAUGACUGUUUAGCAAGACGCGUGGCACAAUAGAAUGACUUUUAAGAGUGAGAGAUAGAGACGAGUGCUGAGUCUGUCAGCAUGUCUCCGGCGCGCGUGAAGCUGGAGCCCGAGACGGACCAGUCGGAAAUGGCCCUCGUGAAGGAAGAAGCUGUAUUCCUGGAUGAAGAGGAGCGUGUGAAGGAGGAGUGGUCGGACAGCACGGCCGGGUGCGGCGUGAGUGAGGUAGCCAGCAUGCUAGCCGACUUGUAUGCCAAUCACGAGGUGAAGGAUGAGCUCGUGCUGGGGCCAGAGCGCCCGCACCGCCCCGUAGUCGCCCCGGCCGCCCUAUCUUAUCGUGUCGCAGCGUCCGCUCUCGUCUCCCCGGCUGCGGGGUCGGCUGUGCGCCGCUCGUGCUCGGUCAGGCUGGAGCGCCUGCUGGUGGACGCGGCGCGGCGCACCUGCCGGGUCGCGCGCCGCACGUACAAGCUGCGCGCCGCCAAGCCCGCACACACACCCAGUGCCAUCACCACCGUCUAUGAGUGUCACCAUUGCGGCAAGCGGUUCAGUAACAAGUCGGUUUUAAAGAAACACGUAUAUAUUCACUCACCAUCACAUAAUUUAACCACACAAGAUUAUGGUUUACAACGACAGCAUACGCUACACGACGAAAAAAAACUGUCUCGACAGUCUUACAUGACAACACACACAGAUUUACAGACACAUCUCAGAACUCGCGCAGGCGAUAAACCUUUCUGUUGUAGUCACUGUGACUACAAGUGUAAAAGAAAAUCAGAUUUACGGAGCCACCUGUUGACUCAUAGAGAAGAGAAGCAUUUAAGUUGUAGCCACUGCGACUUCAAGUGUAGAAGAAAAACCAAUUUAAAGGCUCACCUGAUGACUCACACAGACGAGAAGCCGUUUAGUUGUAGCCACUGUGACUACAAGUGUAGACAAAAAGUACAUUUACUGACUCAUCUGAUGACUCACACAGACGAGAAGCCUUUCAGUUGUAGCCACUGUGACUACAAGUGUAAAAAAAAAGCAAAUUUACAGAGACACCUGUUGACCCAUGGAGAAGAGAAGCCUUUUAGCUGUAGCCACUGUGACUACAAGUGUAGACAAAAAGUACAUUUACUGACUCAUCUGAUGACUCACACAGACGAGAAGCCUUUCAGUUGUAGCCACUGUGACUACAAGUGUAAAAAAAAAGCAAAUUUACAGAGACACCUGUUGACCCAUGGAGAAGAGAAGCCUUUUAGCUGUAGCCACUGUAACUAUAAGUGUAGACGAAAACCAGAUUUACAGAUUCAUCUGAUGAUUCACACAGAGAAACCUUUUAGUUGUAGCCAAUGUGAGUACAAGUGUAGACAAAAAGUAGGUUUGCAGACUCACCUGAUGACUCACACUGACGACAAGCCUUUUAGCUGUAGCCACUGUGACUACAAGUGUAGACAAAAAGCAAAUUUACAGAGGCACCUGUUGACUCACGGAGAAGAGAAGCCUUUCAGUUGUAGCCACUGUGACUACAAGUGUAGACAAAAAGUACAUUUGCAGACUCAUCUGACGACUCACACAGAUGAGAAGCCUUUCAGUUGUAGCCACUGUGACUACAAGUGUAAAAAAAAAGCAAAUUUACAGAGACACCUGUUGACCCAUGGAGAAGAGAAGCCUUUUAGCUGUAGCCACUGUAACUAUAAGUGUAGACGAAAACCAGAUUUACAGAUUCAUCUGAUGAUUCACACAGAGAAACCUUUUAGUUGUAGCCAAUGUGAGUACAAGUGUAGACAAAAAGUACGUUUGCAGACUCACCUGAUGACUCACACUGACGACAAGCCUUUUAGUUGUAGCCACUGUGACUACAAGUGCAGACGAAAAGAAAAUUUACAGACUCACCUGUUGACUCACACUGACGAAAAGCGUUUCAUUUGUAGCCACUGUGACUUUAAGGGUAGAAGCAAAGGGAAUUAAAAUUCUCAUCUGAUUAAUUCACACUAACGAAAAGCCUUUUAGUUGUAGCCACUGUGACUUUAAGUGUAAAAGCAAAGCUCAUUUAAUGACUCACACUGACGAGGAGCCUUUCAGGUGUAGCCAACUAGCCACUGCGGCUACAAGUGUAAAAGAAAAGACCAGUUAAUGGCUCACCUGUUGAGACACCCUACAUGUUUGUCUACUAUGUGUAGUGUAGCUUCCAGUGCAGAAGGAAAUUAGAAUUACGGCCACACUUUGUGAAAAUCUCUUCAAAUUUCAAUGCAUAUCAGUACCGUAAUCAGUGCACCUACAGUGAACUUUUUUAAAACAGACUCGACAAAUAUUUAUUGAAUGGACAAAACACAUGAGCAUCAGGACAUUGACGUGCACGUAUCAGGUUAAAGCUGCCUGUGCAUUAGCAAAUAAUAAAUAAAUAUAAUAUGAAAAUUGUAUUCAUCACAUAUCACAUACAUUUUCCAUUAGCAAGAACGUGUUUUCAAAUCAUUCUUCUUAAUAGUUCACCUUAAUGAAAUAAAUAUUACUACUGUGGUCGUAGGCAGCUUCAGGGACCGGCCACAUCAGAGCGUCGCGUGUCUCGGGGCUCGCAACGGACGUCCGCGCCACGCCACCUGAGUGUAAUUCAAAAAACGUCUCAGUACAUUUUGUAUAGGAA